CUGAGCCGUUUCAUGUGAUUUACGGGUCCAAUGUAUAGUGAGAUGCAGGAUGUCAAGCACGCCCUCAGGAACAACUCACCACUGAGUCAACCUGAAGUGAAUGCUACAUCCCAUCCCCAUUUGUUCCUUCUUUUGUUUCUAGGCAACAGGCUAGGGAGCAGCAGCACACUUCUGGAGCCUGCUUUUCCUCCAUUUUCAGUUGGAAACAGAUAAAAUCUCAUCAUGGGAGCUGUGGUGGUUGACGAUGGUCCUAGCGGAGUUAAAGCCCCAGAUGGCGGCUGGGGCUGGGCUGUUCUCUUUGGGUGCUUUGUCAUCACGGGAUUCUCCUAUGCCUUCCCAAAGGCCAUGAGCGUCUUCUUUAAAGAGCUUAUCCGGGAGUUUGGUGUUGGAUACAGUGACACCGCAUGGAUCUCCUCCAUUCUGUUGGCUAUGCUUUAUGGAACAGGGCCCCUGUGCAGUAUGUGUGUCAAUCGGUUUGGCUGCCGUCCUGUUAUGCUGGUUGGAGGCCUGUUUGCUUCAUUGGGGAUGAUCACUGCUUCCUACUCCACUAAUAUAAUACAGGUCUACCUUACCGCUGGUGUCAUUACCGGACUGGGCCUGGCGCUCAAUUUCCAGCCGUCGCUCAUCAUGCUGAAUCGCUACUUUAGCAAAAAGCGACCUUUGGCCAAUGGGUUGGCUGCAGCUGGAAGCCCCGUGUUUCUUUGUGCUCUUUCCCCCUUGGGGCAGCAACUGCAACAUGAGUAUGGAUGGCGAGGAGGAUUUCUCAUCUUGGGGGGGUUGCUUUUGAACUGCUGUGUUUGUGGAGCUCUGAUGAGACCGCUGGAUGCUCCUAAAAAACCUGACGCUUCCCAAGCGGCCCCUGAGAAGCAAAUCAAGAAAAAGCUACUGGAUUUCAGUGUCUUCAGAGAUCGUGGCUUCGUAAUCUAUACAGUAGCUGCAUCCAUCAUGGUGCUGGGCUUAUUUGUGCCCCCGGUCUUUGUGGUGAGCUAUGCUAAGGAUAUGAAGAACCCAGACGGCAAAUCAGCUUUACUUCUGACCAUUCUUGGAAUGAUCGAUAUCUUUGCUCGGCCUAUUUGUGGAAUAGUGGCUGGCUUGAAGUGGGUUAGGCCCCGUUGUGUCUACCUCUUUAGCUUUUCUAUGCUCUUUAAUGGUUUUACUGAUCUCAUGGGGUCCAUGGCCUACAAUUAUGAUGGACUGGUGGUCUUCUGCAUUUUCUUUGGCAUUUCCUAUGGAAUGGUUGGUGCUCUUCAGUUUGAAGUUCUCAUGGCUAUUGUUGGCACACAGAAGUUUUCCAGUGCCAUUGGUUUAGUUCUCCUGAUGGAGGCGAUGGCCGUUCUAAUUGGACCACCUUCAGCAGGCAAAGUCUUGGACGCAACACACAAAUAUAUGUAUGUUUUUAUUAUGGCUGGCGUUGAAGUGGUCACUUCGGCUUUGGUUCUGGCUAUAGGAAAUGCCUUCUGUAUUAAAAAACCAGCAGAAACACACACACAAGAAGAUGUCGCUGAAAGAGAAGAGUUAAACAAAUCUGGAAACGCCAAGGUGGACUCUAUUGAAGUGGAACACUUUCUGAAAGACGAAAAGAACGGGGAAGUCGUAACUAACCCAGAAACCUGUGUGUGAAUGUGACAUGGACGAAUGUCAUAUAUUUAGAGGAGGAGUCAGAACAUUUGAACACUUAAUUUAUUUUAGAAAUAGGACUAGCUUAGGGCUGGGCCAUCUUGUUUGGGAACUGGAGGCCAACCAGCUUGUGAGAUCACCCUUUGGAAGCUGGCUUGUUUAAAAACCUUUCUCCCCACUUAAAAUGGGAUUGAUCUUCAGGCUAAGCUGCCUGGGCAUACCUACUGCUGUAAGCUAAACAAAUGGCCUUCUAAACACAUGUAGAGGUCCCACUAUGCAUCACAAGAAAAUGCUCACUUCGAUGAAACUGUAUUUUAACUAGAAAGGAAGUGUACAUAAAUGUUCCCGUAAUGCAGAGGAAAUACCCGUCUAUUUUUGUGUGUGUGGUGCACCUCAAUGUAUCUUCCAUGUCUUUGUGUGCGUAAGGAGGAAUGGCUUAGCAAGGCGAAAUCUCAGGGACUUGGUUGUCUCUAAUAGGUUUCCAAACCUAUUCUUUUCCACAUGUGUUUAGAUCAUUUGACUCAACCCUAAUCUAAUUUUGAUAACCUGUACAAUUUUCAAUAACUUUUUGGUUUGUUAAAUUGAUUUUUUAU